AUGCCUACUGAUAUCGCUCUGUUUUUUGGAAAGAAGAGUGGCAAACCGAAGACAAAAAGGGUGGCUGAAUCCUCGGCUGCUGGGUCAACCGUCAAGAAACAAAAGAAGAAUACAAAACCAAAAGAUGUUGAGGAAUUCACCGAUGAUUCCGAUAUUAUAGAGAUCGACGAGCCAGUCGUAAACAAAAGACCACAGAAGAGCACUACAAGAUCUAGGGCAGCAAAGAUUGUGGAAGAUGAUGAAGACGAUUUGGAAGUCAUUGAUUUGGAUGAUGAACCUAAAAAGCCAGUGAAAAAGCCAGCAGCUAAGAAGGCCCCUAAUAAAAAAGCAGCUCCUGUAAAAAAAGAAGCACCAGCUCCUAAAUCUUUAGCAAGCUCUUCUAAAAAGAGCUUCACAGCAGAAGAUGCCCUUGCUAUGAUUCCAGAUUGCGAAUUACCAGAAGCCCAGGCUGGUGAAAAAGUUAACUUUUGGGCAAAGCAAUCAGAACUAAAGACACAUGCCACCGAUGAAAACUUUACAAAACCUCGAGGAGCCCCUGAUUGUUUGGCAGGGUUGACUAUCGUAUUCACUGGUCUUUUACCUCAUCUUAGCCGUGACGACUGUGAGUAUUUGGCCAAGCAAUAUGGUGCCAAAGUCACGAAAUCAAUCAGUGGGAAAACCAGUGUUGUAGUGUUAGGUGAAGAUGCUGGUCCUUCAAAAGUUGCCAAAAUCAAGGCAUUGAAAUGUCGACAUAUCGAUGAAGCUGGGUUUUGCCAAUUGAUCGAAGCAGCUCCAAAAGAAGGUGGUGAAGGAAAUGAAGCUGCGCAAAAGGUUCUUGAGAAACGGAAAGAAGAAGAAGCUAAAGCAAAAGCUGACGCAGAGCAGGAAGUUAGGGAAUCAGAAAUGAGAGAAAAGGCUAAACGUGACAAAUUGUUAAAAAUUCAAAAGCUUAGAGAAAGUGAUCCGCGUGCAUCGACGGAUACUUAUGUCAAAUCGAUUGAUCGCCCUGAUGAAGAAAAGUUAUGGACUGUCAAAUAUGCCCCAACCAAAAUGUCACAGAUUUGCGGUAAUAAAGGUCAAGUUGAAAAACUAAAGAAAUGGCUAACAAAUUGGAACUCCUUAAAGAGCAAAGGUUUCAAAUAUUAUGGUGAUUCUUUCCCAGCAUCAUUAAUUAGUGGACCACCAGGGAUUGGUAAGACUACUUCUGCUCAUAUUAUUGCUAAAGAGAUGGGUUAUGACAUCAUUGAAAAGAAUGCUUCUGAUGUUAGAAGUAAAAACUUAUUGAAUCAAACAAUUAAAGAUGUUUUGGACAAUGAAGGGGUAAUGGGAUUUUUUUCCAAGAAGGAAAAGACUACAAGCAAGCUUAUAUUGAUUAUGGAUGAAGUUGAUGGUAUGUCCUCUGGUGAUUUUGGUGGUGUUGGAGCGUUGGCCAGUUUCUGUCGUAAGACUUCCAUCCCAAUUAUUUUGAUUUGUAAUGAUAAAUCUUUGCAGAAAAUGAGACCUUUUGACAGAGUGACUUAUGACCUUCAGUUUAGAAGACCGGAAACUAAAGCCAUUAAAUCAAGAAUAAUGACGAUUUGCUUGCGUGAGAAAAUUAAAGUUCCACCAGAAAUUAUCGACAGAUUGGUUGAAUAUACCAAGAAUGAUAUCCGUCAAAUCAUCAAUUUAUUAUCGACAGUGAGUAAGACUGUUCCAGAGCUUAAUGAUAAGAAUUUUACAGAAGUCAUCAAAGGGUGGGAGAAGAACGUGGCGAUGAAGACCUUCGAUAUCACUUCAAGAUACUUGUCAUCUCAAAUUUGGAACAAUAAUUCUAAGGUCUCUAUUAAUGAGAAGAUUGAAUAUUACUUUGAUGAUUAUCAAUUUGCCCCGUUGAUGGUUCAAGAAAAUUAUUUGAAUGUCAACCCUCAAAAGGCUGGAUCAAAGUUGGAAAGCUUGGAAUUGGUGGCGAAGGCUGCUGACUCUAUUUCACAGGCUGAUUUGGUGGAUCGUAAAAUCCACUCUGCCGAUCAAAUGUGGUCAUUGAUGCCAUUACAUGCCGUCAUGUCCGCGGUACGUCCUUCGUCGUUUGUUCAUGGACAAGUGAUGGGAAGAAUCAAUUUCACCUCAUUUUUGGGAAACCUUUCCAAGGGUAAUAAAUAUAACAGAUUGCUUACUGAUUUGAACUACCAUACCAAGUUGAGAACUUUGACUAACAAAUCAGAAUUAAGAAUGAAUUACUUGAACUUGUUGGCCCAAAAACUUUCUGUGCCUUUGAUGCAAAAAGGUGCCGAAGGAAUUGAAGAAACCAUUUCGAUUUUGGACAAUUAUUACUUGACUAAAGAAGAUUGGGAGUAUGUCUUGGACUUUGGAGUGGGAACGAAUCCUUAUAAACUUGACAUUGUUCAAAAGAAGAUUGCUUCUACUGUCAAAUCAUCAUUUACCAGAAAAUACAACGCGUCGACCCAUCCAGUUGCCAUUUAUGUUGUUGGUACUGCCGGGGUUGGAAGAGGUGGAGCGUCAUCUGCCAAACCAGAUUUGGAUGAAGCGGCAGCUGAAGAUGCCGAAGAGAAUAACGAUGAAGAUGAUGAAGAAGAGCAAGAUAUCAAAAAGGACAAACUUAUUAAACAAAAGAAGGCUCCAGCAAAAAGGGCAGCCAAGAAAACCGCCACAAAGAGGGCCACGACAUCAAGAAAAAAGAAAUAA